AUGAACAAUAUUAAAAACCUGGAAAAAUCACCACUUGAAUAUGCUAAGACAUACUCUCUCAUUGCUAGAGUGCUUGCCAUGAGAGAAGAAUUGGAUGUGGACGUGGAUGAAGAGACAAAUGAAAUAGAAACACCGACAAUAAAGUGUAUGUCACUGGUAGAGUCCGACAGAAGAAUAGUAAAACUUAAAAGAGUGACAUCAGAUGAACCAGUUAGCCCUGUAAAAAGAUCCAAACAGGAACACUCCAGUGAAUUACGUGUACAGAAGAGGAGUGUGCUUGAUGUGUUUGACUCUCAUUUCCAUCUGGAUCGUGCCACUACUAGAAUAUCUUGUGAUCCGACCACUAUUACCAUAGAGCGUUGGCUCGGAGAGCAAAUGGAAAGACCUCCAGUAGUGCCAGUAAAUAUAAAGGGUGGCCUGUUGAUAUUUUGCGACCCAGAAACAUAUCCGGAGACAGUUCCGUUUGAUUUAAAAUGGAAAGUGGCUAUUAGACUUCACCCGAAGAAAAUUUAUGAAGCAUCACCACAGUCGGUAGAUAUAUUUUUUGAGUAUGUUACCAACUCGCGUGUUUCAGCAGUAGGGAAGGUGGGGCUGGACAGCAGCAUGAAUCCUGGUAGGGCUAAUUUAGAUAGACAAGAACAGUUUUUAAAAGAAAUAACCGAAUGGAUUAGACCAACAAUGCCACUCAUUUUACAUAUUAGGAGUAAUAGAGAAGAUUUAUAUUCCAAAAACCUAUAUUACAGAGCUUUACAAAUUUUUAAACACCAUUGUCAUCCGGAUAAUUUUUUUUUUAUACUACACUGUUUUACAAGCGAUAAAGAGACAAUAACGUCAUGGCUUUCAAAAUCUAGAAAUACAUAUUUUGGAUUUACACACAUCAUAACAAGAUUUAACCAACAACAGAUUCAGGCUCUUCGUUACAUCCCUGUUAACAGACUACUGGCAGAAACUGAUGCACCUUACAUGCCACCGAGGGGGAUUCGAAAAAACACCCCAAUAUAUGUUGGAGAAGUGGUUGAAAAACUAGCAACACUGAGGUACGUUGACCUCAAGACAAUGGCAUUGGCAACCUUGGAGAAUGCCCAGAGAAUUUUUGUUUAA